GGGCUCCAGCCAUGGCCGAGAGCGGCCGGACGCCUCAGGCUCGGGCGCUUCUGCAGCAGUGCCUGCACGCCCGGCUGCAAGUACGCCCCGCCGAAGGGGACGCCGCGGCCCAGUGGGUGGAGGUUCAGAGAGGAUUAGUGAUCUACGUGUGCUUUUUCAAGGGAGCUGAUAAAGAACUUCUUCCCAAAAUGGUGAAUACACUGUUAAAUGUGAAAUUAAGUGAGACAGAGAAUGGCAAGCACGUCUCUGUAUUGGAUCUACCUGGCAACAUUCUUAUCAUCCCUCAAGCCACCCUUGGCGGGAGAGUAAAAGGAAAAAACAUGCAGUAUCACUCUAACUCCGGAAAAGAAGAAGGGUUGGAACUGUAUUCCCAGUUUGUGACUUUGUGUGAAAAAGAAUUAGCUGCUAACAGCAAGUGUGCUGAAGCCGGGGUUGUGGUGGAACAUGGCACUUACGGGAACAGGCAGGUGUUAAAGCUGGAUACCAAUGGACCAUACACACACCUAAUUGAGUUUUGAAAAAUUAAAAGUUAGUUUCUACAGUUGUUUUCAGGUAUAAAAUGAUCUGGACUAUAAUUAGAUUUUUUCUCCCUUUAUGUUUUUUUUUUUUUUUUUUUUUGGUGAGGAAGAUCAGCCCUGAGCUAACAUCUAUGCCAAUCCUCCUCUUUUUGCUGAGGAAGGUUGGCCCUGGGCUAACAUCCAUGCCCAUCUUCCUCUACUUUAUAUGGGACACCGCCACAGCAUGGUCUGACAAGCAGUCCGUUGGUGCACGCCCAGGAUCCGAACCUGGGCCGCCAGCAGCAGAGCACGAGCACUUAACCGCUACAACACGGGGCCGGCCCCCCCACACCCUGCUUUGUCUUGAAUACACUAAUCUGCAGUAUUUUUAGGCAAGAAAAUCCUCAGUCCCAUCCAUAACUCUGCAACCUGCUAAUUGGAUGACCUUGCCAAGUCACCUAAACUCUGGAUCUCAGUCACCAUUUAUCCUGCAUUCCCCUACAUUUCACUCAAAAAUUUGAAAAAUGCUUUCUAUUCAUUUUAGUCAUUGUGGAAAUGUUCUUAGGGAGCUGUAUUUACAUUGCAAUGGAGAAUUGUGUGCAAUCAAGAAAAAUAUAUUUCUUAUGCCCUCAGAUGUAUGUAGUAUGUAGUAAAAAUAACUAUUUGUAUUAAAAUUAGGUAAAAUCGAGCACAAACUGAUUAUAGUUUUGUCGAUUUUGUUUUACUAUUUCAGUUUUCCAUAUUUUGAAUGAAAGAAUAUGCAAUUUACUAUUUCUUUUAAUAUCUAUGAAAAUGUAAUAUAGAAAUGUUAUUGUGCAUUAUACUAUUACUUUCCAAGGACAUCCAAGUGUUUUAAAUUGUUUUAGGAACCUUUAGUUGAUACAAGAACAAAGUAUAGGAGAUUAAAAGUUGUUUUUAUUUAAUAUA